UGCAUCAAGGGCCUGAACAAAUAGUGUACGGAAUGACCGUGCCACGUACUUGUGCUUAGCGUCUGUACCUUAAAUUUUCUGUAUCAGUGAAAGGAAUCAUAUUAUAUUGUAAACAUCCGCGAGCCAGAAUCUGUGGAAGAAUCUGAACUGAGUCGACAAGUCUGUUGCAGAGUUCUUUUCUCUGGGUCCACAUCUCUUCUUCCACGCAGUGCAACAGUGAACGCGACAACACAAUGAGUCAAGAUCGUCCUUCGUCCUUUUACUUCAAGGGAGUGCGGUUCGACAAUGCGGUCAACCUAAAGGCCUUGGAACUGGUGGACUCAUUUGAAGUAAGAGACGACGACGUUUUCAUCUCCUCUUACAUCAAAUCAGGAACAACAUGGACACAACAGAUCGUUUCUCUGGUGUGUGCUGAGGGUGACAUCAGUGAAGCUAGUAAAGUCCUUCUGCAAGUGCGCACGCCCUGGCUCGAGAGUCUGCAAGCGUCAGGAGGAAGGUUGGGUGUCGGUGAAGGAGUGCCUCGGCCGAUACUACUGAAGAGCGCCCCCUCCCCGCGACUCAUGAGUACGCACCUGCCCUAUCACCUGUUACCCCAGCAAGUCAGGGACGGGAAAGGAAAGAUCAUCUACUGCGCUCGGAACGUCAAAGAUGUGGUCGUUUCGUGGCACAACAUGAGAAGGAUGAUGCAGCAUAUGCCCUGCGGAACCUGGGAGGAAAACUUCCAGGACUUUAUUACUCCGGAACUAGCAUUUUACGGUUUCUGGUGGGACGUAGUUCCGGAGUACUGGCGACACAAGGAUGACGGCAACCUGCUCUUCAUCAAGUUUGAAGAUCUUAAGCGGGACCUGCGAGGCCACGUGGUGAAGAUCGCAAACUUCCUUGGCAAGACUCUGUCAGACCAGCGCAUAGACGAAGUGGUGGCGAACUGUACCUUCUCCGCUAUGAAGGAGAACCCGGCUACAAACUAUUCCCGUAACCCAAAGCUGCAGAAGAUUUUCGGCAAGGCAGAGGGAAGUGGGCUUGAGUUCGUACGUAAAGGUACUUAA